AUGGAGACUACAGGCCGUUAUUUACGGGUACCUGCCUUGAACUCGGACUUCCGGCCUACCGCCGAUAAUUCCCUUGUUACCUGUCAUGGGAAGCACUGUUGGUGGUGUUGGAAAGAGACUGAAGAGGAAGCCCGAGUAGAAAUUCAACAAGAGGUUGAGCAAGAGACUCUAGCAGAAGAGAAGGGCGAGUCUAUACUGAGACUCCUGAGUGCUUUGACAGCACAAGAUGUACCCCAGCCAGGGAUAGAAAGCAAUAUGAAUCGUGCAGAUACUCCCCAUGAAGGUAUCCUCGGACAUUGCACAUCGGAAGAUCGGCCACCCCUGCCACCCAUCCUGUAUAGGUGGUCGAAUAUUUGGUCCCAGGGCAUAAAUGAACCAAAUUCCUUGGUUGCAGGAUUGUUUCAAAGCGUUGACUCGGAACAGUUUACCCCAUAUCAACUCUCCAGAGAACAAUUUCUGAGGCACUUCAAGAACCAUGUCACCAAACAGAAGGUCAGCACGCCAUUCAUUUCAACAAGUCAAAUGCCUGUUACUCCAAUACACAGAGCCCUUCACAAUCAAGAGGAUGCCAUCGUGUUCAUCAUUGACACAGCGAAGCUUGACACGCCAGUAAUCAAGGCCCAGACUCUGGUACCUCUGACUGGCACAGAAACACCGCACUGGCGAGGAUAUGGCGAGUAUUUGAUAUGGGGCCAAGUGCCACGAGAGGCAAUCGUGUGCUCCUUUAAGAUAAUCGAUCUCGAAAAAAUUGCUGGAUUAUCUGAUGACAUUGGAGAAUUUCUUCAACUGGAACUGAUCAAAUCACAUAAGUAUUGUAGUAGAAACCUUUACAUGGCUCUAACUGCAGGGCAGACAAGGAGUAAUCAUCAUAUCACUCUAGAACUGCUCAGUCUUCAACUCAAAGUGCCAGUGCCACAAAGAGAUAAAGUGGAAUCGGAUUUUCUUAGGGCAUGGUCGGAACGAGGAAGCCUGUUUAUAAGUCGUCGUCAGCAAGUCGCUGAAGGCAGCAGAGAGCCGCCAAUUCGUUCUCUGAAUCCAGUGCUACAUAGUCAGUUAGGGAAUACUAGUGCAUCGACAUCUUCAUACGAGCCACAUUCCAAAGAGGAUGAGCUUGAGACAAGACAGACAGAAACGAGACUACAGCCGCCUGAGGUGACAACAGACAGCCGGUAUGAAGCAGCAAGUGACAGCUCUUCUGUUCGAGACUUCCCUAACCUGGAAGAAGGAGUUAUUACAAAAGGGUACAGAGCUGGAAGGCAUACGGUGAAUGCCCCAUAUACCCCAUCGACUUCUUCAAGUGCGAUGAGAGCCAAUAUCAGAGGUACAGAUCGACCCGGGACCAAUGAACAGAAUUCAAUCAAUCUACUCAGUGAAGAGGAAUCUGGAAUGGAAUCUGGAUGGGGUUCCAUGGAUGAUGAAAUUUAUAUGGAGCAACCAAUAUCUUUCUUUCCACGCCAACAGUGUAAGACGAUGAGAGGUCAAUGGGAUCAUAGAGAAAAAUAUGGCAUAGUGGCGAGAAUUGUUGCGCCGUUCGAGCUCGAUAAAACUGGAAUGGACUAA